AUAUAUUUCCUGGCCACAAAACUUAAAAAAAAAAAAAAAAACAUUUUUUUUUAAUAGGCAGAGUGAUUUUAGCGCACAUCACCAGAGGGGAGCAAGCAGCUGUAUUUUUUGCAACUCUAUCAAAUACAUUUUUGAUAACCCAGAUAAUUAAAAAAAGAAAAAAAAUGUCAGAGAUUCUUUAGUUUCUCCCUCGACCCCAAAACGCAACCUCAUGUGUGUCAGACGCCAGUAUUGGGAAGGCGUGGUCAGUCAUUAAGUACCAGAGUUUCCAGUGGAGGCUCUGCGCGUCUUGCUCCUGGUUUCGGCACCUACCGGCUCAGACAGAGUCCGUCAGUGGAAAGCAAAGGGCUGCGCGCAGAAGACCACAGACUUUGGAUUAAAAGGCGCACCGGUCCUGCGCAUGAAUUUGCUCAUUUUUAUUCUCGCUGUGCGACUCCUGUGCGCGUUUUAUCGGAGGCUGGAUGCAGGCGCUCGCAGUGUCAAGAAUCCAGCUCUGACGGACUAACCAUGGACAGCAUAGGCAGCAGCCGCUGCAAGAUCGUGGUGGUCGGGGAUACCCAGUGCGGGAAAACGGCGCUCCUGCACGUCUUUGCCAAGGACUGCUACCCAGAGAACUAUGUGCCCACCGUGUUUGAAAACUACACUGCCAGUUUUGAGAUCGACAAGCACCGGAUUGAGCUGAAUAUGUGGGACACGUCAGGUUCCUCUUAUUACGACAACGUAAGACCGCUGGCGUACCCCGAUUCUGACGCUGUUCUCAUCUGCUUCGACAUCAGCCGACCAGAAACAUUGGACAGUGUCAUUAAGAAGUGGCAAGGAGAGACGCAAGAGUUUUGUCCCAAUGCCAAAGUGGUGCUGGUGGGCUGUAAGCUUGACAUGAGGACAGACGUCAACACCCUGAGGGAACUCUCCAAGCAGCGACUAAUCCCCGUCACUCAUGAGCAGGGAAGCGCGAUAGCCCGACAGAUGGGGGCAGUGGCCUACGUGGAGUGCACCUCCAAGGUUUCGGAGAACAGCGUCCGCGACGUGUUCCACAUCACCACCUUAGCGUCGGUGCGGCAGCCGCAUAAGCCUCAGUUAAAACGCAGCAGUUCGCGCAGAGGCCUGAAGAGGGUUUCGCAUCUGCCCCUGCCGCCUCUGACGGGUCGGACUGAGCAAACGGACCCCGCCCCGGCCAUCCAAAAGGACCGGGCCAAGAGCUGUACGCUAAUGUAGAGGGAGCCCCGGCCUCAGUGAUAUGCAGUAUAUAUGUAAAUACACAAAACAGAAAUAUAUGAAAGAGAAAGUCUAUUUAUUAUUUGAGAGGGGUUUUUUUUGUGCAUUUUCAAUUUUUUUGCACUCUA